AUGGGGGCAAGGGUAGAACAACAAGAGAUUCGACAAGAGGUCCUUGAGGAACAACCUAGGAGAAUAGUGAUGGUGAAACGAGAUCAAAAUGCGGACGAAAUAAUCCAUAGGGUUAGACAAGAAAACAUGGUGGCUGAGAAUAACUUAACUACCAUGAUCGAAAGAAUCAUGGCCCAAAAUGGCCUGAACACAGGGCUUCGAAGCCCAAAUUGUACAUCUCCUUUGGCAGAUUUUAUCUUGCAAACUGAAUUACCAAGGGGUUGUAAAAUCCCUAAAUUCAAAAAAUUCUCAGGAGAUACUAGUGAAUCAACCAUCGAACAUAUAGCCAGGUAUUUGACUGAGAUAGGGGAUUUGGCGAAUAGUGAAAACCUAAGAAUAAAGUUCUUCCCUGGUUCUUUAACAGAGAAUACGUUUACAUGGUUCACUACAUUGCCACCAAAUUCUAUAGAUGCAGGGCCUUAUCUAGAAAAGUUGUUCCAUGAGCAAUUUUACAUGGGGCAGACUAAGAUAAGUCUUAAGGAACUGGCUAGCAUUAAAAGGAAAUUUACUGAACCUAUAGAUGAUUAUUUGAAUAGGUUUCGUUUAUUAAAAUCUAGAUGUUUCACUAUAGUUCCUGAACAUGAACUAAUAAUAAUGGCUGCAAGAGGGCUAGAUUAUUCCAUUAGAAAGAAGUUAGAUACCCAAUAUCUAAGGGAUAUGGCCCAUUUAGCGGACAGAGUUUGA